AAACUUAGUAACUCAUGUAUGGCAUAUAUUGUAUGUAUGCGAGCAUGCGCCUAAUUAUAUCCAAGAUGGCUUCCAACACAGUUGCGAGAGUUGCUCCAUGUUUUCCUUCUAUAAGACAACGCUUUUUGUAUUAUAAGAAGAUAGACCUAAAGGUUAUAUCAAGAACUAUUUGUGCUCUUUCCAGGUGUAGUUUUUCUAAUGCAGCAAGUCACGUGAAGGAGGUCGAGACGGCUGCCGAAAGAGACCGCGAAAAGUCUAAAAUCCAAAUUAUCAGUGAAUUUGAGAAUCGAAAUCCUCGAAAUCCAGAAUAUUUUGGAUACUGCAAACCAAGAGGAUAUUCCACACAGACAUACAGGGUUGAUUUCUACAACAAACUCAAGUUUUUAAUAACAAACCGGCACACAAGAGCUCAAGUAAUUCACAACAGCGGAGUUGUCCUUGUCUCGGCAUCCACCACAGAAUUUGAAAUCACAAAACAUCUUUACAAAACUACAGAUGUCACUGCUGCUUUGAAUGUUGGUAGAGUGAUGGCGCAGAGAUGCCUUGAGGCAGGGAUCACACGGGUUCGCUGGGAAGUUCAAAAAGGAGACUUGCGGAAGCAAAGGACCAAGGCAUUCUCCGAAGCUCUCAAGGAAGGAGGAGUCAUACUCAGUGAACCCAAGAAAGUUAUACCACCAGAAACAUUUUAUCUAGAUUUUAGACCAAAAAAGAGAAGUAAAAAGUGGAAAAAAUUGCCCUAUUCAAAGAGAUGGAAAGCACACAUGACGAAGCGAAGAUAAUGUUACCACAUACAUGUGAUAAUUGUCAUAUAUAGAAUAUAUGGGCCAUGGAGCUACUGUACAAAGCUGCGUUCUACCACUUUGAUUUUUAUUUCUGUUUUAAAAAAUAAAAAUGAAAAGCAAACAGCAAUGAGGACAGAUCUGAAAUUUCCAGCCUGUUUUCUUUCCAACUUCAACUUCAACUUCACUUUAUUUUGCACUUACAUUUUGAAAUUACAAUAUUAGCAUAAAAAACAAGUGAAUCCGUUAGUAAUCCGUCCUUCUACUCCCAUGUUAUUUUAUGUUCAUUUAAAUGAGAUGGAGGCUAACUUGAUAACCUCACGGUUCUAUUAACCUCCAUGCACAACCUAUAUACCAUUCUCACCUUUAAUUGUUAUAUAUGUAUCUUUUUGUUGUCAGUUUCGUUUUCGUCAUGGAUAAGUCGUUUGUAAGGGGCCGGUAGCUGUUGACAUCUGUUGUUGUCAACAACUACAGGCGUCUUACAAACGACUUAUCCAUGACAGAAACGAAACCGACAAAUGAACUUCCAACAGACUAACUUAAUUUGAC